CGUCGCGCUUCCGGAAGUGAUGUCAAGCUUUUUCGGCCGAGCCGGCCCCUGGAAAAGUUAGUCGGGAAACCCUGUUCCUUCUUUCGCGGCUGCUUUUGCAGAAGGCGCCAUGCCGGCUAAGGGGCCCCUCCAGAGCGUUCAGGUUUUCGGCAGGAAGAAAACUGCUACGGCAGUUGCUCACUGCAAAAGAGGAAAUGGGCUUAUUAAGGUGAAUGGACGGCCUCUGGACAUGAUUGAACCCAGAACUCUCCAAUACAAACUGCUUGAACCAGUACUUCUUUUGGGAAAAGAGCGCUUUGCAGGAGUUGACAUAAGAGUCCGUGUGAAGGGUGGUGGUCAUGUGGCCCAGAUAUACGCAAUUCGGCAAUCUAUUUCCAAAGCACUGGUGGCUUAUUACCAGAAAUAUGUCGAUGAAGCUUCUAAGAAGGAAAUAAAGGAUAUCCUCAUCCAGUAUGAUAGGACCUUGUUAGUUGCUGAUCCUCGACGUUGUGAGUCCAAGAAGUUCGGUGGACCUGGUGCUCGUGCACGUUAUCAAAAAUCCUAUCGUUAAAACCUUUUUUGUCUAUUUGAAAUAAAGGAUAAAAUUUAAUAAAUAACUUGUUUCUGAGAACUA